UUGUCUCUAUUUUCGUAGAGGUCGGACGCGUGUGUUCCUGAGAACAAGUCCGCGGUGCUGCAACGCUCCAAGUCGCUCAGUACGGCUUAGACUUCAGCCGGACGGGGUCGGGUCUAUCUUGUCUUUGGCGUGUGCGAUAACGAACCCGAGAAUCGCACCGCGCCGGACUAACGAUAAGAAACGAAUUGCAGCCCUAUCGAACCAUUGGAAAUCGGUGAACCUCGCGCGGCAACAGGAACAAGUUCUAUUCAGCGGUGUUCAUCGAUUAACAAAAAGUUGUUUUUUUACCGCGAAGUGAUAAUAAGGUGCUCGCCAAGAGGAAAGAGAGAUAUUUUUGUAACGAGUCGCAGAAUAAUUUAGUGACACGCGAAGAUAAAAAUAUUUCACGCGAAUAUUCCGAGGCGUAUUAAAUAUAUGUAACGCGAGUGUCUUGAAAGAAGAUCGAGUAUUAAAAAUACACGAGGAACACGGUUCUUCUCGAACGGACACGGGAAAUAUAUUUUCAAUAACCCGUUGCAAGUUUACGUUCGGAGAAAAAGUUCGUACCCGUGCAGUGCCGUCGACACGUUUCGGUAAAGGUGAUAACCGUAACUAACAUUGCCAAAAAAUGUAUUCCUCGCGAGCCAGAGUUGCGCUGAUCAAGCACAGAAACGUGCUGCAAGUGUACAAAGUUGCAUCGAGAUUCUUUGGCAACGAUGUCGAAUUCAAGCCGAUCAGGAGCGUCCUCGUCGCCAAUCGAGGUGAAAUCGCUAUUCGCGUGUUUCGAGCAUGUAACGAACUUGGAAUUCGCUCUGUGGCGAUCUACUCGGAACAAGACAAGAUGCAGAUGCACAGACAAAAGGCAGACGAGGGUUACGUGGUGGGCAAGGGACUUCCACCUGUUCAGGCUUAUUUAAAUAUUCCAGAAAUCAUAAGAGUCGCAAAAGAAAACGACGUCGACGCUAUUCACCCAGGUUACGGUUUCCUCUCUGAGCGAUCAGAUUUUGCACAAGCGGUAAUCGACGCUGGGAUCAGAUUCAUCGGUCCCAGUCCGAAAGUCGUACAGCAAAUGGGAGACAAGGUAGCUGCACGUCAAGCUGCGAUAGGUGCUGGAGUGCCAAUUGUUCCGGGCACAGAUGGACCAGUGACCUCGUCCGACGAAGCUGUGGAGUUCUGCAUGAAACAUGGACUUCCAGUCAUUUUCAAAGCCGCCUACGGGGGCGGAGGAAGAGGUAUGAGAGUCGUGAGGCAGAUGGAGGAAGUGCGAGAAAUGUUUGAACGUGCCAUGUCGGAAGCAGCAGCAGCUUUCGGAAACGGAGCCAUGUUCAUUGAGAAAUUCAUCGAGAGACCGAGGCACAUCGAGGUCCAACUAUUGGGCGACAAAGCUGGCAACGUGGUUCAUCUUUAUGAACGCGAUUGUUCCGUACAACGUCGUCAUCAAAAGGUCGUUGAGAUCGCACCUGCGCCAAAGUUAGAUCCAGCGACUAGGAAUAAGAUGACUGACUAUGCUGUAAAAUUGGCGAAGCACGUCGGUUAUUCGAACGCUGGUACCGUCGAAUUUCUGGCCGACGAAUCCGGAAACUUCUACUUCAUUGAGGUCAAUGCUAGACUUCAAGUGGAGCACACAGUCACUGAAGAAAUUACUGGAAUCGACUUGGUGCAAUCUCAAAUUCGCAUUGCCGAGGGUAUGACCUUACCCGAACUGGGUAUGACACAGGAGAAAAUCAUUCCUCAAGGUUUCGCCAUACAAUGUCGCGUGACCACGGAAGAUCCUGCGAAGAACUUCCAACCAGACACAGGAAGAAUCGAAGUGUUCCGUUCUGGUGAAGGUAUGGGCAUUCGAUUGGAUAGCGCGUCUGCGUUUGCUGGAGCCAUAAUUUCACCUUACUACGAUUCUCUUCUCGUCAAGGUAAUCGCCCACGCAGCCGACCUACAGUCAUCCUGCGCGAAGAUGAACCGUGCCCUUCGCGAGUUUCGCGUCCGAGGUGUAAAAACAAACAUCCCGUUCUUGCUGAACGUGUUGGAAAAUCAGAAAUUCCUCAACGGGAACGUCGACACUUACUUCAUCGACGAGAAUCCGCAGCUCUUCCAGUUCCAGCAGAGUCAGAAUCGUGCCCAAAAAUUGCUCAACUACUUGGGCACCGUCCUCGUGAAUGGUCCAAGCACGCCGUUGGCAACUGGAGCAAAACCAGCAGAAAUUAAACCCCACAUUCCCCAAGUUGCUCGAGACUUUGCUAAGCUUGCAGCUGCAGCAGAGAACGUUGAUACAGACUUGCCAGAGCUGAAGGAGCCACCGAAAGGCUUUCGCCACAUAUACAAGGAGCAAGGCCCGGAAGCGUUCGCGAAGGCCGUCAGACAACACAAAGGAUUGCUUCUGAUGGACACCACUUUCCGUGACGCCCAUCAAUCUCUCCUGGCCACUCGUGUGAGAUCGUACGAUCUGCUGACGAUCUCGCCCUUCGUCGCCCAGAGCUUCAACAAUCUCUAUUCUUUGGAAAAUUGGGGAGGUGCUACGUUCGACGUCGCCUUGAGGUUCCUCCACGAGUGCCCUUGGGAACGUUUGGAGGACAUGAGGAAAGCCAUACCGAACAUUCCCUUCCAAAUGCUCCUCAGGGGUGCCAAUGCUGUCGGUUACACCAACUAUCCGGACAAUGUUGUCUUCAAGUUCUGCGAGCUGGCUGUGCAGACUGGGAUGGACGUCUUCAGGGUGUUCGACUCGUUGAAUUAUCUACCAAAUUUGAUCGUUGGUAUGGAGGCAGUAGGCAAAGCAGGCGGUAUCAUCGAGGCCGCAAUUUCGUAUACGGGAGACGUCAGUGAUCCAACCAAGACUAAAUACGACCUGAAGUAUUACACGAAUUUGGCGGACGAGUUGGUGAAGGCGGGAACUCACGUGUUGUCGAUUAAAGAUAUGGCGGGUCUCCUGAAACCGAAAGCCGCCAGAUUGCUGAUCGACGCGAUCAGGCAGAAGCAUCCUGACGUGCCACUGCACAUUCACACUCACGACACCGCUGGAGCUGGAGUGGCAUCGAUGUUGGCUUGCGCGGAGAGCGGAGCCGAUGUUGUUGACGUUGCCGUUGACAGUAUGUCUGGAAUGACCAGUCAACCUUCCAUGGGUGCCGUGGUCGCAGCUCUUAUUGGAACGCCGAACGAUACCAAAUUUGAUCUCAGAGAUGUUUCGGAGUACUCUGCAUAUUGGGAACAAACCAGAACUCUAUAUGCUCCGUUCGAGUGCACCACCACGAUGAAAUCCGGAAACGCAGACGUCUACUUGAACGAAAUUCCUGGAGGGCAGUACACGAACUUACAGUUCCAGGCCUACUCUCUCGGUUUGGGUGAAUUCUUCGAGGAUGUCAAGAAAGCCUACAGAGAAGCCAACAUGUUGCUCGGUGACAUCAUCAAAGUUACUCCAAGUUCGAAGGUUGUCGGCGAUCUGGCUCAAUUUAUGGUCCAGAAUAAGCUCAAGGCUGACGACGUCCUGAACAAGGCUGAGGAAUUGUCCUUUCCUAAAUCCGUUGUAGAGUUCCUGCAAGGUGCCAUUGGUGAACCCUACGGAGGGUUCCCUGAGCCUCUCAGAUCGAAAGUACUGAAAGACAUGCCCCGGAUAAAGGGAAGGCCAGGUGCAAGUUUGGCACCAUUAGACUUCGACGCAUUGAAGUUGAAAUUGCAAGAAUCUCAUCCAACCGUCACGAACAGAGACGUCAUGUCCGCGGCUCUCUACCCCGAAGUUACGAACGAGUACCUAACAUUUAGAGAAGACUUUGGACCAGUGGACAAACUCGAGACCAGGUUCUUCUUGACGGGGCCAAAGGUUGGCGAGGAGUUCGACGUAACGAUCGCGAAGGGUAAAACCUUGGCGUUCAAAGCGUUGGCCGUCGCUGAAGAUCUCACGCCUCAGGGAGAACGAGAAGUGUUCUUCGAAAUGAACGGACAACUCAGAUCUGUGUUCAUUAAGGAUAAGGAAGCCGUCAAGGAGCUUCACGUGCAUCCAAAAGCUGCCAAAGGUGACAAAAACCAAAUUGGAGCACCCAUGCCUGGCACAGUCAUUGACAUCAGAGUGAAAGUAGGCGACACGGUUGAAAAGGGUGCACCAUUGGUGGUCCUUUCGGCCAUGAAAAUGGAGAUGGUGGUGCAGGCGUCGAAAGCAGGGAAGAUCAAAACGCUGGAUGUCUCUCAGGGAAUGAGAUUAGAAGGAGACGAUCUAAUUUUGACCCUCGAAUAGAUCUUUCAACUUCGCCAGACUGGAAGGUCUCCGACGCCACGCCGUUGUAUACAUUCUUGAAGCGAGAGUCCAUUUUGUUUAAUUGAUAAUAGCUGGACGCCAUUGCUACUUGUAUAAAAAUAAGUCUUACUCGUCUUAGAAUUCGUAGGAAGUGGAAAAUGUAUAUAUAUACAUAUUCUAGUUUUAACCAAGGAAUCGAAAUUUCGUCCUUUUUUUAUAUAUAUUUUUAAGCAAUUUUUUGUUUUCUUUUGCAGAAAACAUUGUUAUCGUUCCUACCCGCUUAGAAUAAUAUCUUAAUGUGAUUCCUUAUUUUUUUAUGAAUCAAAUGGUGUCGAACUGGCUUUCGACGACAGCGAAACGUUUACGUUUUAGAAUCGUUUACGUGUCGCAAUAUUGGAAGAUCGUUGUUUGACGACUUCUAAAAUUCCAAAGGAUAGAGAACAGAAAGGAGAAGUCGAGAAUCGUUUUAUGAUAAACCGAAGACAGAUUUACUAUUCCCCGUUAGAAAUUUAAAGGAUGAAAGGCUUGUUUAAUUAAACAAAAAUGUGGCUCUUGUCAUAAACGAAGAUGGUUACGCAUAAGCAUAGACAUUAAUUGCAAAUGAACACAACGAACGUCCCAUUAAAAACUUCAUCGCGUUGUGUAUCAAUUGGUGAAACAAUUUUUUUGCGAGAUCGUUGAGAACAACGUUUUGUAAUAUAUUUUUUAUUCCGUUCGAUUUUAAUCAUUCGCCAAGAAUCAUUUUUUUUCGCGCCGAUCAUUUACUUAGUAUUUAAUGUAACGUUGCGAGGGCAAACUGGUCUCUUUCUCGUGAUUCGCGGAGAAUGUGAUCGUUGUACAUUAAUUUUUAACUAAAACUUAAACACGGCUAUCCAGCCGGGCAGCCGGCAACUGUGUUCACAUUCGACGAUUGCUGCUGAAUCGAAAAUUUCAAUGUUCAAGCAAUUUUCGAACGAUGCAAGCGCAAAUUUUUAUACCAAAUAGAUUCCAAACUGUUGAAAUAUACCGUGGUGAAAGUUGCAAAAUUUUUGAUGAAUUGUACAAAUUGCUGAUUGUAACUUUUAAUGUGCAAUCAGUUUUUGAAACGCUCUGCCCGUUAGAUCUAAGUCGAGAGAAGGUCGAGCAAGAGAAACCAAUCGAAAGUCUCUAGACGUACAAAGUAGCUGAAAGGAAUGUUCAAUAUUUUGGAUAGUGGAUCGAUAUGAAAUCUAACGAACAACAUUGGUGUAUAGGAACUCGUGAUUUGUGUUUGUUGUGCAAUAGUUUCGUACGAAAGAAUAGUGGCAGACUUAUUUACAAAGAGGUCGUGAGUUUUAAUUCAAACGAGUGUAACGAUCCGUUGGUAUCAGUGUUCAGAAAAUGACAAUGGAUAGGACGUGGAGUAAUUUAUAUAGUACACGAUGUUUGAUGUAAUUGAUUUACAACAUACGAAACAUUAUUAUUUUCUAACAACUUGACAUGCUUUUCAUGCUUCUUUUCAUCCAAAUUUACACAAAUUUCAAUAUUACGAUUCGUAUAACUGAGCAUAAUUUGUACAUUCAUUUCAAAAAUCGUUUCGUUUUUUUUUUGUUUUUUUUUUAUUAAUUGUAGACGAGCACAAUAUAGGGAACAAAAGUAAUGUAAUAAUUUAUUUAAAAAACGAUUUUGUACAUAUUAAUUUUUAAACCACUAGAAAUAAACAGGAAUCUGACGACGAUUAAAGCAGGAUUGCAAAGAAUUGAAUAUACAUAUAAUCGUACUGAUUUCGAGAGUGUGCCAAAAGCUGCGCAACGAAUGUCCGAACGAGCUGAAUUCACGAUGUAGUUGUACAUAUAAAUAUAUACAGCGUGUAUAGGUAUAUAAGAAGUGAUAAUGUUUCUCCUUUGUUUGCAUUUCAAAGGACUGUACAAUUGACAUAAAGAAAUCUACGAGCGUUGAACGUUGCGAUUAUUGCAAUCUCCGCACCAAUGUGCAUCUAAACAAUGUUCGCAAACUAUUUAUGUAGAUAUUAAAGUUUAACGAAUGCAAUUCCAUUUGUACGGAGUAAGAGGACCAAAUGCAAAAGUGGUUUUAGACUAAGCGCGCCAGUUGUUUCCUUCCGUCCCUUUCUCUCCCCCUUUGGAAAGCAAACGACGGAUCAAAAUUGGAAGAAUUUAAUUGUUUGUUAAAUACACGUGAAAGAAUGACCACCA